CUCCUUUUUGCUGGAGCAAAAAGGGAACCAGAGCGGGCGCUCCAGCAGGGCCACUGAAGUACUGUAGCACCGCUUCAGCCGCUGUCCUUUUACGCAAACCAGUCGCAUGCGCAGCGCUAUUUCUGCGACUGCCGAAGUGGGAUGUGCGUGGCAGACUGUCCAGGCGGAAAGUGAAAAGCUGCUCCAAUCCACAGAUGCAGAAGAUGGCUUAGCAACAGACCAACGUUCUCCCAUGCUGGGGUCCGUCUGUGCCCUGCAGCUGGAGUGAUGUGAAUCUUUUGUUUUGGACUGAAGAAGCUUGUUUCCAAAGCCAUUCUGUCCUAAUUCAUGAGCCAGCAGGAUGUGGUCGCCGUCCUUUCAGAACGCCUUCUCAUAGCUGCGUACAAAGGGCAAGUGGAUAAUGUGGUGCAGCUUAUCAACAAGGGUGCCAAGGUAGCUGUUACCAAGCAUGGGAGGACACCUCUCCACCUUGCAGCUUACAAGGGUCACCUCCCUGUGGUCCAGAUUCUGCUCAAAGCAAGCUGUGACGUGGAUCUUCAGGAUGAUCCUGUGGAAACCGGCCCUCUAGAAUACGAAAUCCCAAGAAGUAAUUCUUCCCUUCUCCCUGCUAAUCCGGCAAGCCCCCUUUGGAAUCCAGAUGCCGUCUCUGAUUGGUCAAUGAGUGUUCAUACAGCACAUACCUCAGAAAUAGUCAAGGGAGAAGUCCUGGUAAAAGAAGUCAAGGAAGAAAAAGAUAAGAAAAAACAGAGGAAAAAGGCUAGAAAAGAUCCUAGAAGAUUGCAAAGAGAGAAAGAGGGUGAUCAAACAGCUUUGCACCGGGCAACUGUUGUAGGGAACACAGAUGUCAUCUCAGCUCUUAUCCAUGAAGGGUGUGCACUGGACAGGCAAGACAAGGAUGGGAACACAGCUCUUCAUGAAGCCUCCUGGCAUGGGUUCAGUCAAUCAGCCAAACUGCUUGUUAAAGCAGGAGCUAAUGUUCUUGCCAGGAACAAGGCAGGUAACACUCCACUGCAUUUGGCUUGCCAAAACAGUCAUUCUGAAAGUGUGCGAGUUCUACUGCUUGGAGGUUCUCGGACUGACAUCAAAAACAAUGCAGGAGACACCUGUUUGCAUGUUGCAGCUCGUUACAAUCACUUACCCAUCAUUAGGGUGCUCCUCACUGCUUUCUGUUCCGUCCAUGAAAAGAAUCAGGCUGGCGAUACAGCACUUCAUGUAGCUGCUGCACUGAAUCAUAAGAAAGUGGCCAAAUUGCUAUUGGAAGCUGGAGCUGAUGGGACAGUAGUUAACAAUGCUGGCCAGACUCCCCUGGAAGUUGCCCGGGAACAUAACAACCCUGAGGUUGCUCUUCUGCUUACUAAAGCCCCUCAGAUUUCACGCUUUAACCGUGGAAGGAGCCUGAGGAAGAAAAGGGAGAGACUUAAAGAGGAAAGACGUGCUCAGUCUGUGCCACGCGAUGAAGUGGUGCAAAGCAAGGGUAGUGCUUCUGCUGCUGAAGACACCCAUAGCAGUGAUCCUGUUCAAGGGAGAGGUGACUUGAAAAAUGAAAGCCAAUUGCCUCUGUUGGAGCAGAGAGAGAAGAAGAGUAAAAGGGAGAAACCAGGAGAAAAGGUAUUGGCGCUUUCUGAUCCUUUGUCCCCAGCGGACCAGCAGAUACCUUCUGGUCCACAGCACAACCUGACAAAGCGCAGAAGCAAGCAUCGCUGUGCAUCUCCACCGCCACCCCAUGAAUUCAGGGCCUACCAGUUAUAUACUCUGUACCGUGGAAAGAAUGGAAAAAUCAUGCAGGCACCUAUAAAUGGAUGUCGUUGCGAGCCACUAAUACAUAAAGUAGAGAACCAGCUGGCAGCUGCCAUGGAAGAAAUAAAAGCUGAGUUUGUAGCAGUGCAAGAUAAGAUGAACAGCAAACUAGGACAAAUGGAAAAUAAAACACAACAUCGGCUCCGUGUUUUAGACAAAUUAAUGGCAGAGAGACUGUCAGCAGAAAGAGCAGAGUGUCUUCUUCGUCUUCAGCACACUGAGUUGGAAAGAAAUGAAGGGGAGAAACGCCAGAUGUCUUUGGUAGGAGAAUUGAAAGCUUGGUGCCUGCUAAAAAUUCAGAAUCUAGAAAUGAAGCUCUCUGGAGAUUCUAGAUCUUCAAGACCAAAAUCCACUCUGUCCACAUGUGAGUCACUCACAGAGACUUUGGACACAGAGAACCUUCAUAGUACAAACGACUGUAAAACUAUCCAGACCUCACCACAGUCAAAUGGGUCCCAUCAUCAGUCUGGCAUUGUUAGUCUCUCAGGAGAUACAGAACAGAGUAAAAUGCCAGUCACGGAGCAGAGCUUUGGAAAGCAGUAUUUUGUGGUUCAGCAAGAUGACACAUCAGGAACAGAGCAACAGUUAAUGGGUGGUGCUGUCCCUCCUCCUCCUGCUGCAGCAUCUCCUCAAGUGGUUAGGCCAAAGGACAAAGCAAGUUUCAACAGAUUGCAGCAAGAACUGCCAGCAGUGGAAUACUCCGUUUCCAAACUAAGGCAUGUUAAAGUACAAACUGUUUUGCAGGCCUCUCCUGAAUGUACAAAGACCGAAUCACAGAGUGGCUGCUUGGUAGACAAAGGGACUCAAACAAAGAAGCCAAGCAAAAGCGGUCAGCUGAAGCACAGGACCCAUCAGCAAGCAGAGACUCCUCCUGUGCAGCACCUGCCUUCUGCCUCUGAAGGGAAGGCGCUCAGUCCUCAGCUGGCAGGGACAGCUCAAGCUUUGGAAAUUACCCAGUACUUCUUUGAGGCUGUGUCAAGUCAGAUGGAGAAGUGGUAUGAGAGAAAGGCAGAAGAAGCUCGCUGCCAAGCAGACCAGAAAGCUCAGGAAGAUAAAGCAGUCCUUAAAGAGCAUAUUAAAAGCUUAGAAGAGGAACUACAGAAGCUAAGGACUAAGGUGCAGAAGGAAAACUAGCACUGGACACAUUGCUGCUUUCACAAACUCCACUGAAGCAGUUUUAGGGCAGAGAGCAUUUAUGAGCUGUUUGACACAUACUGAAUUUAUGCUGGUAAAGAUAAGGAUUCAUCCGUGAAAUGAUUGCAAGGAAACCAGUUUUCCUAAGCCAACACUUUGUGGAUGGGUGACAAAGUCGAUGUUGUUUUAGCUCUAAAUAGCGCUAGUUGUGAUACUAAUUCUGGGUAGAACGUGUUUGUGACCUAUCAGUGCCCAUCAGAGGUACUGUCGGGAAUGAGUGAUUGAAUGUCUAUUCCUAUUUUUCCAAUGCCUGUGCCAUUUUGUGAAUUCUUUAAAGUUUUAUUAUUUUAUAUUAAACAAUUUUAUUAUAGAUUAAA